AUGGCUAGCAAUCACAAAGUUGAACUACUUCCUAGCGACUACGAAUAUGUCAUUGUCGGCUCAGGCGCAGGAGGCGGGCCACUUUCCGCCAAUCUUGCCCGACACGGUCAUCAAGUGCUCCUCCUUGAAGCUGGCGAUGAUCAAGGCCAGAGUCUCAUGCAGAAAGUCCCUGCAUUUCAUAUUGUAGCAACAGAGGACCCGGUUAUCAGAUGGGACUUCUUUGUCAAACACUACGAUGACGAGACGCAGGCAGCAAGAGAUCCCAAGAUGACCUGGGGGACACCAGACGGAAAGAUGUUUAUCGGGGUCAAUCCUCCUCCUGGAUCGAAGCAAAAAGGUGUAUAUUAUCCGCGAGCAGGGACAUUAGGCGGAUGCACGGCGCACAACGCUCUGAUAACUGUGCUAUCACCGGAUGAAGAUUGGGCGCGUAUUGCUAACAUUACAAAUGAUUCAUCGUGGGGUCCGCAACAGAUGAAACGUUACUUUGAACGACUCGAGAGAUGUGGCUACCUUUCGGAGGGAACUGAUGGUCACGGGUUUGGCGGUUGGUUGGAGACAAACCACGCUGAUCCGAUUGUGUUGACUUCGAAGAGAACCUUCGUUGAGGCUGCUCUUCACGCUGUACCUUCGCCAAGCAAACAAUUCAAGGAUGAUGUGAACAGCCGAGAGCCCCAAGUCGAAGGAGCGUACGAAUUGACUCUCCCUAUGAGUGAGAGGGGUAGACGGAGUAGUGCUCGGAAUUACCUCGUCGCUACUGCCAAUGCCAGAAAUGCGGAUGGAUCUAAGAAGUAUCCACUCCAUAUCCGCAUGAGGUCCCUUGCUACCAGUAUUCUGUUCAGCGGCAACGAUGGGAAGCCAAAGGCGAUCGGAGUCGAGUUCCUAGAGGGAAAGAGUAUGUACAAGGCAGAUCCGACAUUUGAUCCCAAACACGCAGGAAUCAAGAGACGUGUGUUCGCUUCUCGUGAAGUUAUCGUGGCUGGAGGUUCAUUCAACACACCACAACUACUGAAGCUGAGUGGCAUUGGGCCGAAAGAGGAGCUUCAGAAGUUCGGAAUUCCAGUCCGGGUCAACCUUCCUGGAGUGGGAUACAACCUCCAAGACAACUACGAGUAUCCAGUCAUCUACCGAUGCGAUCAGAAUCUUUCCAUUUUUCAGGACUCACUGUUUGGCUCUGCCGGUGAAUCCGUCUCUCACCCAAUGGGUCCAGGAGGGCAACGGACCGUAUAG